CGCUGGGCGAGGAGUGCGGAGAAGUUCUGGGCAAAGUCCCGGGAAGCGGCGGCGCUAUCGCAGCGCCCGCGAGCCCAUGAGCCCUGCUGGGCCAAGGGACUGCAGCGCAAGACAGUCAGUUCGCGGAGCGGGCUCCAACCCCUCUGUCGGCCCUCGAGUGGCCGUCCCCGCCCCGGUCUCCUGCAGCUGGUGAGGGAACUGUCAAACACACGUUGCCGGGGGACGGAAGAAACCGGGUUUGCCUACUCCCGGGUCUGUGGACGAACCUCAGAGCCCGGCACCCACCGGGGAAGUAGGCAGCGUUCCCGGUUGCAGAGCGAGCAGGACGUUGAAAACUGGCUGCAAAGUGUUCUCCUUCUGGUGGUUGCCAAGACUUCAGAUCUUUUCCAUUCGCCUGCUUCUUGAGUCCUAUUGAGAUCGAGUUAAAAAUGAAUUAAUGCCAAGUUCAUAAGAGGUUCUGGAGGCUGAGAAGUCCAAGAUCAAGGGCCAGUGAAGCCAUUGUCUGGUGAGAGGCCACUUCCUGGGAUUUCCUCUGGAUCAUCCAAAAUGCUUUUAACACAUAUUGGAUAAGAGCUGAGCCACCUGCCUGUUGGGAAUUUCCAUACUCUCUGCUCCACUGUCUUCUGAUGGCAUUUUGACUGCGUCAAGGCCACGCGACCCACCUGCUCAUCAUGAGUGAUGAGAAGAACCUCGGAGUGUCUCAGAAAUUGGUCUCCCCGUCAAGGAGCCCAAGUACCUGCUCCUCCAAGCAGGGAAGUCGGCAGGACAGCUGGGAAGUGGUAGAAGGACUGAGGGGAGAGAUGAAUUACACCCAGGAGCCACCAGUUCAGACAGGAUUUUUGCUGAAAAAGCGGAAAUGGCCCCUGAAAGGCUGGCACAAGAGAUUCUUCUACCUGGACAAAGGAAUCUUGAAAUAUGCCAAGAGCCAAGCUGAUAUAGAGAGAGAGAAGCUGCAUGGCUGCAUUGACGUUGGGCUUUCGGUGAUGUCUGUGAAGAAGUCGUCCAAGUGCAUAGAUCUGGACACAGAGGAGCACAUCUACCAUCUGAAGGUGAAGUCACUGGACGUCUUUGAGGAGUGGGUGUGCAGACUCCGCCACCACAGGAUGUACCGUCAGAAUGAAAUCGCCAUGUUUCCCCACGAAGCCAAUCACUUUUUCCCGGGACCCACCGUCACGGACUCUGUGGAUGGGGUCUUUGACUCCAUGUCAAGUAAAAAGCGUAGCAGUAUAUCAAAGCAGAAUUCGCUUCAGACUGGCAGCAAUUUGUCCCAUCCUUGUGGCGGGGAGGCACGAGUUCCUUCGUGGCUGCAGUCUUCGGAGGACAUGGAGCAAUGCUCAAAAGACCUGGCACACUGUCACUCCUACCUGCUAGAAAUGAGCCAGCUCCUCCAAAGUAUGGAUGUCCUGCAUCGGACAUAUUCGGCGCCAGCUAUCAACGCCAUCCAGGGUGGAGCUUUUGAAAGUCCCAAAAAGGAGAAAAGAUCACACAGGAGGUGGCGGUCCAGAGCUAUUGGCAAAGAUGCCAAAGGAACACUACAGGUCCCUAAACCUUUUUCUGGCCCACAAAGACUGCACUCUUCCAACCCUAAUUUGUCAACGCUAGACUUUGGAGAAGAGAAAAACUAUUCUGACGGCUCUGAAACCUCAUCCGAGUUUUCUAAAAUGCAGGAAGACCUGUGUCAUAUCGCCCACAAAGUUUACUUCACUUUAAGGUCAGCUUUCAACACCAUAUCCGCGGAGAGAGAGAAGCUGAAGCAGCUGCUGGAGCAGGAUGUCUCGUCCCCGUCGGCCCAGGUCGUGGGCCUGAAGCGCGCCCUGUCCUCCGCCCUAGCACAAAACACAGACCUUAAAGAACGCUUAUGCAGAAUCCAUGCCGAGUCUCUGCUGCUCGACCCCCCGGCUGCUGCCAGGUCGGCGGACAGUCUGGCAGAGGAAAACUCCACAGAUGACAACCGACCUCUGGUCCAUCAGCUUUCCAAUGAGAGCCGACUCUCCAUCACUGACUCCCUUUCAGAGUUUUUUGAUGCACAGGAAGUUCUGUUAUCUCCAAGCUCUUCAGAAAAUGAGGUUUCUGAGGAUGAUUCGUAUGUCAGUGACAUAAGUGAUAACCUUUCCGUGGAUAAUCUCAGUAAUGAUUUAGAUAGUGAGAGACAAACUGUGGAGCCCGUUCUGGGAAGCGGUGGGGAAGCCAAGUCCAGAAGACGGACGUGCUUGCCGGCGCCCUGCCCCAACACCAGCAACAUCAGCGUGUGGAACAUCCUGCGGAAUAACAUAGGCAAGGACCUGUCCAAGGUGGCCAUGCCGGUGGAGCUGAACGAGCCCCUGAACACGCUGCAGAGGCUCUGCGAGGAGCUGGAGUACAGCGAGCUGCUGGACAAGGCCGCUCGGAUCCCCGACCCCGUGGAGAGGAUGGUGUACGUGGCCGCCUUCGCUGUGUCGGCCUAUGCGUCCAGCUACUUCCGAGCCGGGAGCAAGCCCUUUAACCCGGUUCUCGGAGAAACGUACGAGUGUAUUCGUGAGGACAAGGGCUUCCAGUUUUUUUCAGAGCAGGUCAGCCACCACCCACCUAUCUCUGCAUGUCACGCCGAGUCGGGGAACUUUGUUUUCUGGCAAGAUGUGAGAUGGAAAAACAAGUUCUGGGGCAAAUCCCUGGAAAUUGUCCCCAUUGGCACAACCCACGUGACUCUGCCUAAUUUUGGAGAUCACUUUGAGUGGAACAAAGUCACCUCCUGCAUCCAUAACAUCUUAAGCGGGCAGAGGUGGAUUGAGCAUUACGGAGAGAUCGUCAUCAAGAACCGGAAUGACGAUUCCUGCCACUGCAAAGUGAAUUUUACCAAGGCAAAGUACUGGAGCACCAACGCCUGUGAGAUCGAAGGCACCGUGUUCGACCGGAGCGGGAAGGCGGUGCGCCGGCUCUUCGGGAAGUGGCACGAGAGCAUCUACUGCAGCGGCGGGUCCUCCUCGGCCUCCUGUGUCUGGAGAGCGAAUCCCAUGCCAAAAGGCUACGAGCAAUAUUACGGCUUCACCCAGUUUGCACUAGAAUUAAAUGAACUUGAUCCGUUGUUGAAGGCUCUGUUACCACCUACGGACACUCGGUUUAGGCCAGACCAAAGGUUUCUCGAAGAAGGGAAGGUGGAAGAAGCUGAAAUACAGAAGCAGAGGAUUGAACAGCUGCAGAGAGAAAGGCGGCGGGUCUUACAAGAAAAUAACAUGGAGCACCAGCCGCGGUUCUUCAGGAAAUCCGACGAUGACUCUUGGGUGAGCAACGGCACCUACUUGGAACUCAGGAAAGAUCUUGGUUUUUCCCAGCUGGACCAUCCUGUCUUGUGGUGAAAAAUGAAAACCGAGCGAUGCGUUCUCGUAAUUCUGUGUUGGCUUUCUGAAGCGACAAACCUGUGUCUAUAUAUUUAGAAAAUGUUCUCUGGAAUGUUCACUUGUGCUUAGCUUGGCGUUUUAAGUGUUCAAGCACUCUAUAUUUUCUUCUGUAGGGUUCUUUACAAUUUCAAGUGUUAUGAUUGUUUAUAUAAAUGUAGAACACCUUGAAAUUUCUUUUUUAUAUAUAAAGUAUUUAAUAAAAAUGAAAGAUUCAUUGUUAA